AAACCCAAACCCAAACCCAAACCCAAACCCAAACCCAAACCCAAACCCAAACCACCCAAACCCAAACCCAAACCAAACCAAACCCAAACCCAAACCCAAACCCAAACCCAAACCCAAACCCAAACCCAAACCCAAACCCAAACCCAAACCCAAACCCAAACCCAAACCCAAACCCAAACCCAAACCCAAACCCAAACCCAAACCCAAACCCAAACCCAAACCCAAACCCAAACCCAAACCCAAACCCAAACCCAAACCCAAACCCAAACCCAAACCCAAACCCAAACCCAAACCCAAACCCAAACCCAAACCCAAACCCAAACCCAAACCCAAACCCAAACCCAAACCCAAACCCAAACCCAAACCCAAACCCAAACCCAAACCCAAACCCAAACCCAAACCCAAACCCAAACCCAAAGAGUAG